CUCUGUAGAGAAGCACCUGGGUGUCCUGGUGGACAACAGGCUGGCCAUUUUCACCUUCUGGAGGUGACCCUGGUGAGCCGUGAAGGAGAGGUAUCCCCCCAAGGAAGAUCUGGGAUGUUACCCAGGCAAGUGGACAACCGUGGAGAAAGGCAUUGAGUAAUGGAGGGAAUGAGCUGUGCUGGAGGUGACGCAUAAUGUCGACAAAAGAGAGCAGAUCGAGGCAGGAUGCUGGGAGGAAAUUCCUUCAAGGAAAUUCUUUCAAGGAAAUUCUUGCCCAGAGAAGCUGUGGAGCUGCCACCCUUGUACUUGGGAGCCAAGGGCCCGCGCCCACAGCCGCCAUGAGGCGGUGACCGUGAUGUCACAGUGGGUGGCAGGGAGCGGCCAUUGUGACGCGUGAGGCUUGGAACAGAGCAAAGGCUGCCGGGCUCAGGCCCAGUCAGUGCGGCCUGGUGAGGCGCAGAGAGAGCAGGGACUCUCGCAGUGCUCGCCGUUGACGCAGAUGAUGUGCGACAGGAAGCGGAAGGCCUCCGGCUCGGAGGAGCCAGGUGAGAGCCACGUAUCCCUGUGCACAGCUCCCACCAACAGGCAGAGCGGUGCUGGGGGUCUGCCUGUGGCUGAGAGCUGAGAGGGGAGGCAGGGGCAGGCAGGGCCUCCACACAGGCAUGGGGCAGGGCCCCACUGCUCCUUGGCAAGGGGGCCCAGCUUGGGCUGUGGCUGCCCUCUGGCACCGUUGGGCCUGCAACGGCCCCUUCCUCUACGCUGCCUCCAGCCAGCACGGCAGGCACAGAGCAGGAGCCUGGGGACAGCCCUCUCGGACAGCUGGCCCUGCAAGGUGCUCACCGCUGCUCACAUUUGCUCUCUCCUCUCCAGUGUGCGUGCUGUGUGGCCGGGACGAUUUUGACCUGGACAUCUACGGACGCACAUUUAACCAAUGUGGGUUCUUGGUCCAUGAGUUCUGCCUGAUGUUUGCCCACAUCGAUUUUGUAGACUACCCCGCACUGGGAGGAAUUGUGGGCCUCCCCUUUUUUACAAUCACACGCAAGGCCAAGCAAGCAAACCAGAAGCAAUGCUGUGUUUGUGGCGAGAGGGGAGCUGCCAUCGCAUGUGCAGAGAGCGGCUGUGAACGAAGCUUCCAUCUGCCCUGCGCCGCAGAUGGGGAGUGCAUCACACAGUUCUUUGGAGAGCACAGGUCCUUCUGCUGGGAGCACCGCCCUCGACAGGCAGCGGGGAUAGCUCCAGCAGAAGACAGCACCUGUGUCAUCUGCCAGGAGAUGGUGGGGGACAGAUUGUCCUACCACACCCUGGUGUGCCCAGCCUGCACACAGGCCUGGUUCCACCGGGUCUGCAUCCAGCGACAGGCCUCGAAUGAAGGCACUAUGCGCUUCCAGUGCCCCGGUUGUCAAGACAAAACUAUCCUCUGUACCGAAAUGUCCACUCUGGGGAUCCAAAUCCCAGCCAGGUUGGUGUCCUUCUGCCAAACCGCGCAGAUGAGAAGGCGUGAGGGCUGGGCCUGCCCAGGGACUGUCUCGGCAGGCCUGGCCCUUUGCUGUCUCAUGAGCACGUUCCUCAGCUUCUCGGGGAAGCUGGAAAUGGAGUUGGGGAGGAUGAGGUGGGGUAACCUCGGAUCUUAUGCUGGGGACACUGGGGGCUCAUCACUUUCCCUCCCUUCUCUUGUAGAAGACCAUCCCGGGAGGACAAUGAUGCAGACGCAUCGCUUCUACAGAGGCUCAUGCAGUGCAAUGCCAUCACGUGCUUUCACCCUGAGGGCAGAGAGCAGACAGAAGAAGAGGGGUGAGUUACCGCAGCAGCUCUGUGGGGCUCCUCGGGGGAUCUCAGCCUCACCACAGGCUGGGGGAGCAAGGACUGAGCAGCAGAGAUGUGCUGGGCACUCCCUGGCUUGGCUCGCUUGAUCCUCACAGCCACAACCCCUUUGCUUCCCCAGGCCCUGGCAGCUGAUCCGGUGCAGCUCCUGUGCUGCAGAGAGCACCCACAGACAAUGCUCCUACUCGAGCAUCAGAGGGAACAUGUGGGACUGCGACAUCUGCGCUGGCCUGGGGACCGGUAAGAGGCAAUCAGCCGCGUGGCACCGGGCUGGGGCCAAGCAAGGCCUGCCAGCAAGUGCACAGGGCAGCUUUGCCAGAGUUUCUCUGCCCCAGCCUGUCCCUACCCAAGGCUACAAGUUCCUUCUGCUGACGUUCCCGCCUUUCCUUACAGCUGCCAGCACCACCUUGCUGCUCUCCCAGUGCAGCACUGCCAGCCAGGAGGGCCUGGGGCCAGCCCACAGCCCCCAGGAACCUGAGGACAGCAGGCCCGGCCCCGCCAGCCAGGCAGCACUGGGGCCACCACACAGUUCCCAGCUGCCUGAGCUCAGCAGCAAGACCAGUGAGCUGGACACUGAACACAAGACAAUCAGCUCACCUUUUCCUGACCUGCAAGAUACAUCAGAGCAGCAUCACACACACCAUGGGAGCGGACAUACACCAGUCCCAAGCGCUGAAAGCAGCUCCCACCCAUCCACCAGGCGGGGCACAUCACCGUCCUCCAGAGAGGCCACAGCGGCUGCACGCCUUAGAAGGCGUCCCAGGCAGCGGGGAACAAGCCGCAUACGAAGCCGCUCCCCGCUGCAACGUCGGGCCCCCAGUUCCCAGAGCCGGACAAGAAGACCUCGAGGCAGCAGGCGAAUACCAGCUGCAGCUGCUCGCAACAGGACCCCCAGCACCACCAGACGGGUGACACGGAGCUCGCUGAGGGCUUCCCUGCGUUCGGACUCUGGGGAAUGGCCCAGGCAGCCAGGGACGGCCCGCACGCGAAGCCAUUCCUCAGUGGCACGUCGAGCCACAAAAGUCCACAGCCGGCCCUGAGGAGGCUACAGGAGCCAGUUCCAACAGUGGCGGCUAUCCCCACUGCCAUGAAGGCACUGCUGGGUUCAACAUCAAAGCCAACAUCCCCCCACCUACACCUCCACUCAGCCCCAGAAAAGAUGGCACGGAAGCAGCCGCGUGCCAGCACCACGUGCUGGCUCUCGUCCCAAGUGGCCAACACAAUAAACCCAGCCACCCCCCCCACAUUUCUUUGUCAGCUGCUUCUUCUUUGCUUGUCCUGUGGUGGGCAGACUUAGGCACUAGGAUCACAGGGUUUUCUCCUCCUCAGCACCUUCCCAGGGGCUGACACAGCAGCAGGCUGUGCAAAGGCUGCUCAGCAGCCGCAGAACUGUGCGCAGAGGAACUUGACGAGGUCCAACAAGGCUAAGUGUGGGGCCCUCCUCCUGGGGAGGAGUAAGGGCACGCUUCUGAAAAGUUAGGAGCUGAUCUGCUGGAGAGGAGCUCUGUGGAGAAGGACCUGGGUUCCCUGGCGGACAAUGGGCGUGAUCGGGAGGCAGCAGUGUGCCCUUGUGGCCAAGAAGGCCAAUGACCACCUGGGCUGCAUUCAAAGGAGCGUGGCCAGCAGGGCAAAAGAAGUUCUCCUCUCCCCCUACUCUGCCCUGGUGAGGCCACACCUGGAGUCCUGUGUCCAGUUCUGGGCUCCUCAGCUCAAGAAAGACAGGGAAGUGCUGGGGAGUCCAGCAAUGGACUCCAAAGACAAUGAGGGGCCUGCCUGGAGGAGCAUCUUCCUCAGGAGGAAAGGCUGAUACACCUACUGCUGUUCAGCCUGGAGCAGUCUGAGAGGGGAUCUUACCAAUGCUUGUCAGUGCUUAAAUGGUGGCUGUCAAGAGGAUGAGGCCAGACUUUAUUCAUUGCUGCCCAGCAACAGCACCAAGGGGCAGAGAGGUUGUGGACUCUCCUUUCCUGGAGAUAUUCAAAAUUUUUAGUGCAGACUGCUACAGCCUCCAACAUGGGGUUGCUGGAGCAUGUCCAGAGGAGGGCCACAAAGAUGUUCGUUGGGAUCACAGGAUUUUCUCCCUGUGGCUUUGGGAAGCCUAGUAUAGUGGUUGGUGACUCUGCACUCAGCAGGGGGCUUGAAACCAGAUGAUGUUUGAGGUCCUUUUCAACCCAGGCCAUUCUGUGAUUCUAUGAUUAUAUGAUACUGAUGUCAGGCUUCAAGGCUGAGCAAUAAAUUAACCACACCUUGACUUUUUCUUUUGCUCUUUGCCUUGAUAAUGCCUUUUGCAGAAAGUUAGUUUAAUUUUCCAUUUUUCCAAGUCACUUCAGCCACUUCCUCAUUUAUUUUUUUCAUGCAGCUUCAGAGCAGAUUUCCAUCUCCCCUAAACCAAGGUAAUGCCUUUCACUCCGAUCUACCAAAUGAUCAAUUGCCAAAAUGCAGGUCAGACAAGAUUGAGUCAUCAAGCAGUACAACUUUUCUAUACACGAAAAUGGCCAAAUUUCUCAGUGGGACAUACAAUAUUCAAAGAGAAAUCACUAUAAUGUUGUGAUGCUUCAUGUCUAGAUAAUACAUACCUGGUAUUUUUAAGGAGAUUUUUACAGUCCUAGCACAGUUGGACUUAAGAUGUAAUCGCUAAGGCACCUGGCUUCACAGUUGGAGGAAUAAUGAAAAGUUAAAGCAGUUCAAAAGUUCCCUGAAAUGUUAUUUUUCCAUGAAUAGAGGAGCCAACAGGAGAAACAACGCUGUGGAGAAGCACCAAGGCUUUUUUGGCCCUGGCAAGAUCCCCUCCUUAGCGCUGCAACUCUUGAGUCAUCUGGCAUCCCAGGGAGGCACGUUAACAUGGCAACAAAACUCUUACAAUUACACGCUGCGUGAUUACUGAAAAAGCCUUUUGAAUCCUUAUUUUAACAACCUACCUAUUAAUGCCACGGUUUAAGGUUAUUCAUUCCUUAACACGAUUUUGCUUCUUUAGAGCAUUUAGCAUACAUGUAUGGAACAAUGCAGUCCUGGGAAGUGUCAUUCCAAGUCUAUUUUGGGUAAAGCAAGUGCUUUAAGUUAUUUACUGAAGACACUGAAAAAGCAGUGUGCCUAAAGCACUGCCAGGAAAUAAGCAAAAAAGCCCUUUAACUGGAAAGAUCACUCUUUUGCAAGUGCUGAAGAUGACAGUCUCCUCGAUCAGUGAGUUAGCAAACACGUCCUGAACAAAAUGUACCUGUGCCAAAUUAGGUUAUGAGAAAUGCAGGUAAGAAAGCCCACUAUGGUAAACACAACUGAUGGAAACUCCAAAACACGCAGCGCUAUCUAGAAAAAUAAAAACAUCUUCCCUUUCCGUUUGAGGAAAUCACCUUCCAAGGUCCUUCCAUGUGAAUUAUGAACUUGAUACGUCCAGAAAUCACUGAAAAUAACACCAACUCUGAAAGCGGCUAAAAUUGCAUCGCCAGUCCAAUAUUUGACUGCAAAUUAUAACAAAUCGGGCAGCGUCUCCCACGGUCAAAGGGCAUGCACAGAUCACAAAGAGCGCGGUGGUCCGCUGCCGUCCUGCUUCUGAGGUUCAGACCUAAUCAUUCAUUUGUACUGAAAUCAAGGCUUCCACGCAUGCGGCUCGGGGUCAUUUAUUUUUUCAUAAAUCACUGCUGGCCAGUAAGAAAAUGAAAAUGAAAUCCUCCUCACACCAGUGACCCCCAUCGCGUUCGGCAAUCCCAGCUGCCCAAUGACAGCCACGUCCAGGCUCCUUGGACAUAGAUGCAAUCAAUAGGGAUGUGAUUAGACAGCAGGCUGACUGCAGAGCGAGUGCGGACAGGUCACCAUUUGAGAUGAUGAAUAGCUCUCUAUCAUCCUACAGUCCCCUACGACGCUAACAUUUACUAUAAUCUUAUUUGGGUUGCGAUUUAUCUUUCUUUGGCCUGAUCAAUAAAGAUGAACACAACAGUUGUAAGGAUCGAUUGCAAUUUUUUAUCAUUUUCAAGCAUGGAGGAGCGUUUCUGACACAAAAACAAUAUUCUGAGUGUACUUGUUCUACUUUUUAAUUGCAGUUCAAGUGAUCAGCUGAGCUGCUAUAUAUGCCAAGAAGUUUAAGCCCACGGUAGACUCAAGCUAUGGAGAAAUCAUUUGUUAUCUUAGUGUGAUAUGUUUCUCGGAUCAGAUCUUCCUUUGAAAGUCAUUCAGUCUCUCUUUCAGAGAGAUAUUCUCAAUAACCGAGAGAGGAAAUAUCAUUUCAGAAGUCCUCUCUAAUCCUCCAGAUAAGAAUGCAGUGAGCAUUCCUCUAAACACAGAAAACAUGGUGGUAUAACACAGCACUGAGAACAUAGGUAAUUUCCUCAGUCUCUGUAUUUAUGUUGUGUAUGUAGUCCAAAUAUGCACGGACUGCUCAACCCCAAGUGCAAGAUAAAAGCCAUGGUCCAAUUCAAAGAUUAGCAGCAGUGGCAGAUUAUCAGAGUAGCUCUGGAUUAAACACAUUAUCUUCAGGGGGUGCCCCAAAGUGUGUGCAGGCAUGGGAGAAGGGAACAGAAAUGCAACAGCACCAUUCUGCAUUGAGCUCUGUGUGCAUGCACAUACAAACCUCAGCUAUGUUUAUUACAUUCCAUUUUUAUAGAUAGAUAACUAAAAAAAUAUCUAUAUAAAUAUGUUAAAAACAUGUAAUAUGUUUAAGGUAACAAACGUGUCUUUCUUAGAUAUGUGGAAUUGUAUAUUUCAAGGAUUAUCUUAAUGGUGCCACUAAAAUGGCAGCAAACAACACAACUGAGUUCCCUGUGUCUUUGAUUUGGGUCCCCUGGGAAUGCACAUUAUAAAACAGUCUUUGCUUACAGAGUUAUGCAGCAUCUUCCUCUCAUUUGCACUCUUCUCCGUUGCUGCAUAAUAAAACCAUGGCUUUCUGCAGACCUUUAUUAUGGUCUCCUUUGUUGAAAGAAGUAUGAAAGUGCAAGAAUUAUGUUAUGAAAGAUGCAAGGAACUUCCAGAAGGGAACAAGAAAUGUCAGGGUUAUGGCAAUUAAUCAUCAGCCCAGAUUAUGUGGAAGAUGCUAUUUCUGCAUCUGUUAUGGAGUUCUUACACAAUGUGGGCGUGUUGCUUGACUCUAAUAUCAAAACAAAGUGGCAAAUGUGGUUCUUGAUGACUAAAUUUCAGCUUGUUCAAAGAAUCUAGUCUAAUCACUGAGGAUUCAGGCUAGCAGAUCUCACACCUUACAGAAUAUGGAGAACAGCUUCAAUUUCGCUAUCACUGCUGACACAAAGGGGGGCUCAGGAAGUAGCUCAACACAGAGAUUUAAGUUUUAAGCGGCUCAAACUGGGGGAAAAUAACCCCCAAACUAAGGAUUCCAAGUCAUCAGUGCCUUACCUCCCUCUUACAAGCACAAAUAGGAUGUGGGAUAAUUUUGGUUUUAGUCACCAGGCGUUUGUUACAUGUAAAAAAAAAAAGCUUUAGCCUUAACUGCCUCACAUAGGAAUUAAGAAAUUUAUUUUCAGUUCUAAUAUAUUGUGGAAAUGGUAACGCAGAAGGGCUUUCUUCAAUUUUGUGAAGUUUGAAUGCUGUGAAAUAAAUAAUGGAUGCCACGCACACCGAGCAAUGUGUAUGUAGAUUGAGUAAGUGGGAUCAUAUGGGGGAUUCACAGCAAUUACAUGAGCAGGUGUGGUUACACAUUAGAGACCUGCAUCAACUGCAGAAGCCCACUGCCUUUUAUGCUGACAUUUUCCAUCUUGCAAGCAGAUAAAUACAAUAUAGGAAACAAUGCUUUCUCUCUCUGCUUAUCCACCUGGAUCUGUAUGGCGAAAGGUUCUUGCUAUGACAGCAAAAAUCUGAGCCAGAGGAGGGAGAACACUGCUUUAAUAAAUGCGUAAAUUGAUACUUCUAUAGGAAUAUCAGUUGUUCUGCUUAACUGGAACAGGAAAAGGUUAGGGACAGAAAAAACCCAAAACAUAAAUGAUGCAAAGUGGGCACAAUUCCAGCUUCUUGGUACAAAAUCCUUAACUUUUAGGUCCAAAAUUAACGGAUCAGCAUUUUUAAAAACACUGUCACUUUGUGUUAUUUGCUGUACCUUUGUGUUAAUUACUGUGCAGCAUGCAAUUACAGGAGUUUUGAUGAAAAGCCUGCAAAAACUCACAGCAGUGACUAAUUUUACAUGCAACUGUAAUCUAAUUAGCCUGAAUAGGACCACUACAUGUUAAGUUACUUAAGUGUUUAUGGCUUGAAGACUAAGCAGAUAACACGGGAUGCAACCGAAUUAAAACAACUGAUAAUCAGCGUUUGUUGUGCACCUCAUUUAAUACCCUUAAUCAGAAAGAAAGGUUGGCAUUUUGGUAAAAGCUGUAGAAAAGCUACCGCCAAACUAUGGGAACUGAGGGAGAUGUAGGCUGGCAUUAUGGAACAGAAGCUAAAGAAAAGAGGUCUGCAAGUUAACUUUAAAUCUAUCCAAUUUCCCCUGAUAAAUACACAGAGCCUUAGCAAGGAUAUGGCACGCUAUAGUUCAGGUGGAACAAAAUAUGCUCUAUGGAAAGAAGUAUUCUCAUCAUGCUUGCCCUCAAAAUAAACUACCCUGAACAAAAGUAGGAGCAGACACCUCUUAAAGAGCAUAUUGUGGAGGAAUAAGAGUAUGAUUAUUUAGCUAGACGGCUCUGAUUUCAGAAGUCUGUGUAAGGAAAUGAAGUCCCAUAGAACUCAAGGAGGUCAGCUGUUUUGUCUGCACGCGGGACCUCAAAGCAGAAGUGCAUCUUUUACUCUUGGCUGAAAAUCUUCAGAUUUCCAGGACGAUAAAGUUCUGAAAGAUCUCGUGUCAUCCGAGCUGAUAAAAGGUUGUCAAAAGAACCAAGAGAACUUGAGAGUCCUCAUUUAAUUUCACCAAAGAUGCAUCACCUAUAUGCACUACUUUAUAACAAACGUGCUGAAGCUGUUUUCACUGCAGACGUACCAUGACUUCUUUUUUGCCACUUAAAUUUUUCUUUUAAGCCUCUUGGCUCUUCAAGCCCUGAACAAAUUCAAUAUGAACAUAACAUUCAUGCAUUCCAUCUAAGGUGGGUAUAUAUAUUUUUUUAAUUUAAUAGUUUCGUAGUUAACAGUUCAUUCGACAAAGGAAAAGUAGUGUGACUUCCACACAAAGGAGACAAAUCUGGCCUUUGCUUCAAGUCAGUGCUGCAAAAGACAAAAAUGAGCACAGCUUGACUUCAGAGCAGCUCAGCACCUGCUCCACCCACCAAAGGAAUGAAGAGCUUGGGCUGUUUGGCACCUUUGAGAAUCAGGGGAGAAUUUUUUAAUUUAAAGACUUCUUUUUCCUUGUCAUCCUCCCCCAUGGAAGGACUCAAAGCAUCGGCAGGCAAAGAUUACCAUGUUCCUUAAAUGGCAAAUUGGAAAGUUUUCUUUGCUUCUUUUUAAUCCAUUGCUGCUGAAGCUGGGCUUUCUUUUAUCCCAUAAUUGAACUUCUGGCCAUUUCAUCUCAGUUCCUUUUAUGAACUCAAGUUGUGGAUAACACGGAGCAUUUUGUUUUAUUCAUUCUGUUGACACAUAGCCUGAGAUCUAUAUGGCCUUAAAUGAAAAGAUUUCCAAAGCCACUGGGAAAAAAUUCUACUUAAACCUACAGAGUUGCUUCACAGAUUUCAACCCAACCUCAAGGCUGCCACAGUCCCCACUCGGUUUUUGUGCCACAAAGUGGGGAUCAGCAGUUGGGCACAGCCACAUCUGCCCAAAGCAAGACAUUACAGCAAAGAAAACCCAUAAAGAACUGUGGUUUGGGUAGCAGGAGGCACUGCUAAGAUGUAUGAUCACUAGAUCAUGCCCCAUUGUUAGGCACAUAAAGUUGACCAUAUGGAUUAUAAAGAAAAAGGCAAGAAAUACUGCUGCAAGAAAUACCCUUACAGCACACGGUCAUGCUUAAUCUCUGAAGCUGCCAAUGAAAGCAACAAAUGUGCAAAAAAAGACAAAGAACUGGGGAAGAGGGAAUGACAAGAAGACAAUAAGACUAUCUAAUGCAGUGCUAAACAGUGUGCAUACAUCUAAGUUCCAAACUAUAUUAACUUACUGCUUUAUAAAUAUAUGGCCAUUUUUAUUGCAUCUUUAUUUGAAUUAAAAACCUCUAUUUGUCUCUGAAUUUAUUUUAAUAAGCCAGGGAAAGCCAAGCAUAUAACAUCAUACAGAUUCCCAAAUAAUACUGCAUCUUCAUUCUGCCUCAAAUGCUAUUAAAGUGAUGCAUGAAUGAAGUAAUUUCUCCUGAAAUCUCAUCAAACCAGGCCUUUGCUCCAAUUUUUAAACAGGUUAUUUUCAUAGAAGUUAUGACUUCCCUCAUUUGGUCCAGCUGCACUACGCAGCCAACUGCUGCAUUUUUCAGCUCCAGAGAUGAAAUAAGAAAGGUCCAACUCCCUGUUUAGGGAAUCUACCACAUCUAAUGCUUUCUGUUCUUGUUGGGCUUUUUAGUGUGCUAUUAUAAACUCAUUUUGAAUGAAUGGGCUGAUCGCAUAUGGUGCUGUUUUGCCUUCAUCAGAAGACAGGAUCUAACUGGAUGGACCAAGAAAGUUCUCUGUAUCUGGUUACAGAGCUGAAAACAUGAGUUAUUCAGCUUUUGGGCAAAUCUAUGCAAACUGAACAUAAGAGAAUGACUACUCUCCAAAGCAAACCCGUUUUCUAACUCUGAGCUCCAGCAUAAAGAUAAUUUCCAGACUUUCGGGACUUCCAAAGAAAUAGCCAAGAGUUCCCUUGAUGGGAGACCACAACCACGGUAUGAGGAUGUUCAGGACUAUUUAGAGACAUUCACAGAAACAAAAAAGACGUGCACAAAUCAGGGGACAUGCCUUCAUCAGAGGACGUGCUCUCAAAGCAGAAAGUAAUGUUAACUGCAAGAAAGGGGAAAAGGAGAUGUGAGGUAGGGAGAGAGAAGACAAAGUGAAAGAGAAGCCCUGUAAUUCAGAAAAGCUCAGGUAAGGAUCUGGGAUUCUGGACUUACACUAUAGAAGACAUUCAUACAACAAGAUCUGUUUUCAACAGUUUGGUGGAGCUUGCCUACGGGUAAGUUCUAUGUUGUCUGAAAUUCAAGUGCAAAUUCCCUCUCGUCUGCCCUUUACCCUCACACCUUUGUAGAACCACUAUGGUCAUCUUCCUCUUAUGACCUGAAAGAAACUGGCUCUGGACCACAGCACUCCACUGACAGAUUGUAUGUGUGAACUAUUAAGAGACUGCAGAAAGGACUUCGAACACCAACACCAUCAAAUAACUGUUUCUACAGAAGGACAAAAAGUCAGAGAGGUACCCAAAAUAGUGCUGAAGAUGCCAGAGACAGUAUUGCAAUCUACCCAAACAAAGGAAAGAAAACACGGCAUCUUGGUAAAUGUUGUGCCAGCAGACAAUUCACUUCCCAACAUGAUUUCUUUUAUUUCAUUACAUGUGUUUGUCAGAGAGUAUCCAAGUGGUGUACAGCAUUUAUCUCAUUUAUCAGCAGAAAAUGGGCAAAAUAGCUUAUUCUUCAACCUUUUCUUUUGAAUUUCCAAUCCUGUUUUUCAGGCACCACUAAUACCUUUAGCUGCAAUUAUUAAUGCCUCUAAAGUUUUUUCCAAGAUAUGCUGCACUUCACGUUUCUGCCCUAGUAGAGCACUGAUCUCUAAUUUGUUAACACUCAGAACUGCCAAAGAAAAUGAAAACCUUUGUGAAAAGGACAAAUCUAUUCAAAAUUCUUACAGCUAUUCAGCCAAGCAUCUAAUCUGCAUGUAAUUGUAGUACAGUCUUUAAUACAAAUGUUCUCAAUCUUAGAGAUGCAUGUGUAAAUGCACAACUAUAUUUACAUCUCCUGCUGAUGACAAGAUGCCUAAUCUAAAUCAUUCCUAUUUACAACUUUUCUUCUUCAUCUCACCCCUUUCACUAUUACACAUUAUAAAUUACAUUCUCCCUAAGGGUAUCCAUUGGAUAUUAUUUUUCCACAACUGAAAGCAGACUUUCCACCCACCUCCACCCCCAAAAUGAAAGAAACACAGAAUGGCUGAAGUGGGAAGGGACCUCUGUGUCCAUCUGGUCCAAUCCUGCUCAAGUAGGACACACAAAGCAGAUUGCCCAGCACUAUGUCCAGACAGGUUUGGAGAUCUCCAAGAAGAAAAACCCAUAACUUGAGGUCCAAUCUACUUCACUGCCCAAAUCAUUAAUGAGGACUGGACCCAGUGGAGUACAUUGCUCAUUACCGACCUCCAGCUGCACUUUGUAUCACUGACCACCACCUCCUGGAUCCAGUCAUUCAGUUUUCAAUCCACAUCGCUGCUCAUAUAGCCCAUAUUUCAACAGCUUCUCUGUGAGGAUUUUAUGGGAGACAGUGUCAAAGUUCUUACUGAAGUCCACGAAAACAAUAUCCACUGCUCCUUCUCCAUCUGUGAGGUUGGCGAUUUCAUUAUAGAAGCUUAUCAGGUUGAUCAAGCAUGACUUCCCCUUGGUGAAUCCAUGACGACUGCUCCUGAUGAUUUUCUCCUUCAUGUGCCUGGAAAUGGUUUCCAGGAUUAUCUGUUGAUCACCUUCCAAGGAAUCAACAUGAGGCUGACAUGCCUGUAGGUUCUUGGGUCCUCCUUCUUUCUCUUCUUCACACUUGUUUUCUUCCAGCCUUUGGGCACUUCUCCCAUUCACCAUGAUGGGCCAAAAGUUGUCAAGUGCGGCCUCACAAUGACAACUGCCAGCUCCCUCAGUACUCAUGGGCGCACUCUGUCAGGACCCAUGGUCUUAGGAAUGACCAGUUUGCUUAAGUACUCCCUGAGCAGAUCCUCUUCCACCAAGGGUACAUCUUCCUGGCUCCAGCACACAGCCUAGUCUCGGGGAUUCCCGAAUGGCAUGUGAGUACUAUCCAAAUUGACAAAUGCUGUCUUCAAGGCAUAUAGGAAUGGCUAUUGUUGCUGUCAGGGAUGAUGCCCAGGCAAUGUAUGAUGAGGAAUCCCUUCUCUCAGCGGUACAGUCUAUGGCACGAGGAAUAGCAUGUUCAUAAAGGAUUUAAAAUUCCCAUUAUUAGUUACCUUUACUGAAUUAAUUCUCAAACACAGCUCCAACUAGCAACUUUUGCAUAGCAAAAGCCACGUUACUGGGAACAACACCAGCUCACAGGCAGAUUAGGAUGACCAUGAGCCUUGCAUGCCUGUCCAUGGGUUACAUGGAGACCUCAGUACUUUAUUUCAGUGUACAGGGUACAAAUCUGUUCUCCUCCUCCUGCUCCCCUCCCCGCAACUAGCCAGAUACAGUUAUUUCAAAUACAGCUAUAUAAAAUUGCAGUCCAGCACUGCAGAUAGUUUUCAUCAUCAGUAUGAACACACAGACCAUCCCAUAUCUAGAGCAGCACAAAGUCAGCUUUGCUUAAAUCUUCUAUUAUAUACAUGCACAGUUGUAGCUCAUCUGCUGCAUGGAUAACUCUUACAAAAUCCAGUGGUGUUACAUGCAGGGGAAGAAAACUUGAGCUUACCCAAGAAGCUGUUAUUGCAGACUUAUUACAGAGACAGCCCUAAGGCCAGUGUAGCCCUCCUAUGGACUACAGCAGCCAUAAUUUUGAGAUUAUGUUGCUCAAUCUCUGUAGUCAGAGGAGUGGUCUGGGAAAAUCAUCCAUUUCCACAUGUUUCAGACUCAUUUCAGUCAGCUUUCAGAGGCAGACACUUAUCUCAUUAAAGAGCCCAAAAGAAUAAGAGAAAAUUUCUUCUGUGAAUUGCGGGUGAAAAUUUGGCUGGAUCAUCAGGCUGCACCUAAGAGGACAGUUACACACAGAGUUUCUCAAGUAUCUAUACCACAACAUUCCCUAAUACCUUACCCAGUGGAGCAGAGAUGGAACACGUGCUCACCAAGUUUGCAAAUGAUGCCAGAAUGGGGGCACAUGCCCUAUUAGGAGAGGCGAAUGGAAUAUGAACUGUUUGGUCUGCAGGACAGCAAGUCUUGGAGGGAUCUGCUGCAGCACAUUGGACCUGUUGGAGCACGUCCAGAAGAGAGUCACAAAAUGAUCCAAAGGAUGGAACAACUCUCCUAAUGAGGACAGGCUGAGAGAGCUGAGCUGAGG